AAAUAUUGUGUCAUGUGUUAUUAAUGGUUAUUUUAUUUUUAUAUAUGUGAUAUUUCCUUUUAUGAAAUGGUAGUGAAACACAAUUAAAAUAAGAAUAUGUCCCGUCAUCCUCAAUACGAAUAUCGUCAUAAUAAUCAACGCAAAUAUUACGUCGACAAUAAUGAAACAGAAUACACCGAUAGCGAUUGUCAGAUGGAUACUGCCCACCGAAAUCUACACACAAUUCCAGCACCACCGCAUCUGGACGAGAUUUAUAGCAAACACUCCACGAUAGUUCCCAUUAAAGUGGUACCGCUAAAAAAAGCUACUAAAAUGGUGUCUAAGCAACAGUCUGAAAAAUUUGCACAAGAGUCAUAUUACGAUCACAAUAAUGUUCCUCCUGCCACUACGAUCCCUCCUAAAGCUUAUUACCCUAACGGAUUUGAUUCUGUAAGAAGCAUUUAUCCGGUGUGUACAGCAUUCCAUCCGAAUUCAGAUCAUUAUGUUAACACUUUUACGAAUCCUUACCAUAAUCAAGAGCUUCAACAGUUUAGCUGUCAGAAUUGUCAAGCAAAAUCAACGAGCUCCAAGCGGUUUCCGGUUAAAGUGAGGACCCCAAAGUAUUACAAAAAACCACAAUCUAGCGGAGUGUUUAAAAGACCGUCCGCCCUUUGUCUGCCAGUUGCGACCCAGCCCGAUCCGGCGGUAAUUCGCCGGCCCAAAAGGGCCUAUUUCAGCGAAAACAUCUACGGAAUGCAAGAAACACAGGAACUGAAGAGCUUACAAUCGAUGAUAGCUAACCAGCUAGUCGAACGAGAAAUACCACCUCAUCGAGUGGAUUCAGAAGGUGAUGUUAAUGCAAGUGUAAAAAGUUUGAAGAUUCCACCUCUUGAUAAAUAUUUUGAAGGAAUUGAAAAGAACAAUAUUUGCCAAAAUGGUGAUAACAAUCCCGAUCUGGCAAAAAUUACCAAGUUAUUAAAACCUAAGAUACCAGCCAGUGUGAAAGCUCGUCAAGAAAAAAACAAAGCAAAAAUACUGACUAAAAAGCAAAGUUUAGAAAAAAUGGACAAUCAAACAGAGAAACGGGAAAAUAAAGAACCAGCUGAAUCUUCUAAAGUUUCGUUAGAAAAAUUACUCAACCAACUUAAAAAAUGCGAAGAGUCAGCAGGAAAGCAAGACGUUGUAAAAGAAGAAGAAACAAAGAACAAAAGGACUCAAGUAGAUAAGAAAGAACAAAAGAGAAGUGAAUGUGGUGAAAGAAGUGAAUAUACAGACGAGGAGAAAUUUGACGUAAGAAGCUUCAACUACCACGACAUUACCAAUCAUUUGUAUAAAUCGCAAAGUGAUUUCAAAGACUCAGAAUCUGUGGCAAGUAUUCAAGAAAUCACCAAGAAAUUAACAUCAACUGUCAUACGACCAUUACAGCAAACUUGUAUGAAACCACUGGAUGAUCACCACGCUCUAGAAUUACAUAAAUCCAAGAGUUAUAUUGUCAAUCUUAUUGACAGAGCUUUGAGCAAAGAACUAGGAACUGUUCCUUGUGAUCGACAUAGAAAUAAUUGCGAAACCAUGAACCGCAAAAAAACCAUUGAAACCAACAACCGACAUAUAGAAAAGUCCGAAAGAGACAUCGCUGUGGAAAUAACUAGUGCGCUUGCAGACUCUUUGAUAUCAAACGCCACGUGCCACGACAUGGAGGAAUCGGAGAGAAAAGCCUCAAAGGCAAAACUCUGCUACUGUAACUCAGAAGAACCGAUCUACAUAAAGCAACUAAAGCAGCUACGGUGGGGUCAUCUAAAGCAUAUUCAGCGAGAAGUAAAACGAUUAGAAGACCUAGAAAGAUUCCUAGAUUCAUGUUCUAUAACUACAGUUCCAGAAAUAUAGUGUGU